CUUUUCAGUUAGCCCUUUAUUAUUAUACAUAAAUGUAACAUUAUGCCAUAUAGCUUGUAUUAGGAACUUAAGGCACCGGAUACAAGUAAUAAUCCGGUUAAACGAGAUAAAAACACCGCAUACAGACAUGGCCUGACCUCUCAUCGCCUCUCCACCCUAUCAGUUUUUCCUGUCGUGAAAAGUGUUCAAAUGCAUUGCGCUAAUCUGUGAGCGCCAGCUCUCGUUUUGCUUUCCCCCGGUUCACCUGUUGCGAGGCUCACUCUGUGCUCGCGAUGUUUUGAAGGCCGCCUGUAGGUGGAGUCAGGAAAACAUCUGGUGAUCCGCGCGCUCUCCGUCGACGCGUCCAAUAAUCCGCCGGCGCACCGGACACGAGGCGCAACGCGCAAGGCGACAGGGAAAACAGCGCGACGACUCCGAGACGAGUUAACGGUUGCGAGUGUGACACCAGAAAACGUGCGGUCCUUAUGAACGCCCUAUAGUGCACAAGACCGACAGGGAGUCAAUCACGGAGUGCAUCAAAUGAAGACAUGAAUAAGAAGGGAUGAAGUCAUCUCCUGCGCUUUAUGGUCAGAAAACAUCACCGAUGAAUGCAGUGAUCGAUCAAGCCACCGUUCAAGAGGCCUCCUCGAUGCUGGAGGAGUCGGUCUCGCUUAUGCGCAGGAUGUCGCGGGAGAGGUGUGGAAAGAGGCAGGUUGAGAUCUAUUAAAACGGACAGACUCAUUGAUCAUUCAGUUCAGCCGCUUUGCCCAGCAGUGCAGCGCCUGGUUAACAUUACCCACCUGACCGGUGGCAUCGGGCUAUGGGCGCACCGUGCGGAACGCGGCGUUGUAAGCGUGUGUUUAAUGAAUAAAUGACAUUGGCGUCUCUCUCGCGUAUCAUGCUGGUGGACCCUUCGCCGUCAGGCGCAGCGCUUCGGCUCCUGGACAUAAACUGAAAUACGGUGCAAUGUGUUCGUUUUGGAAAUUCAAUAAGGUGCGCAAUAAAACACCGUGUGAGUGCCGCGGAGCAUCGGACAGGGUCGCAAUCCGCGCCGUGGCCUGCGUGUGAAACGCGCCGGAGAAUGGAGAAGUUCCUGCAGAUAGCGCCCCAUUCCCUGGCCAUAGUGCUGUCGCGGGUCAGCACCGAGGAGGCGGCCGCGGUCACGGAGAAGCUUCAGCACCAUCACACCGGCUACGAGAUAUUCGCCGACUUCAAAGCGGAGAACAUGCAGCACUUCUGGAACAAGAAAGUAACGGACGCCAUAUCGGAGACCUUCUUCUUGGGCUGGAUAGAUGAACAUGUUCUGCUCAUUCAAGGCAAGGAGGAUCAUUUGGAGGUCCUGAGGGAAGGAUGGACGCGGAGAGCCCUCAAACCACCGCGGGGCUUCGAGAUCAAGUGCAUAGGCGAUGUAUCUCCAAUCAGUAUGUCACCCAUCAGUCAGUCUCAGUUCAUCCCACUGGGAGAGAUUCUGUGUCUGGCCAUCUCAGCCAUGAACUCUACCCGCAAGCCUGUCACACAAGAUGCGCUGAUGGAGCACCUCGCCACUUGCUUCCCAGGUGUGCCCACUCCGAGUCCAGAGAUCCUGCGGCACACGCUGAACAUGUUGGUACGGGAGAGAAAGAUCUACCCCACACCAGAAGGUUACUUCAUUGUUACUCCACAGACCUACUACAUCACCCCCUCCCUCAUCCGCAGCAAUAGCAAGUGGUACCACCUGGACGAGCGGCAUCCAGAGCGGCAGCAGCAGCAGCAACAACAGCAACAACAACAGCAGCAACAGCAGCAGCCACCACCUCAACAGCAAUGCACAUCGCCACAAUCUGGAACCAUCACUCCCUCCACCUCUGGCUGCAUACGAGAAAGGCCUAACCCUAAGAACCACUGCGACUCCUAUAAUGCCUACCGCGAUGAGGUUCCCAGCAUUCAUACCUCUACGAUUCAAAGAAAAUCCCCAAAAGAACCCAAAGGAGAUCCCCCUUCAUACCCACAACCCCCACCCCCUCCACCUGCCAUUCAGCACCCACCUGAUCCAACAGACAAGAGCAAGAGCAUGACCGCCACCUUCCCUUACAAGACAGACACACUGACCAAGAAGAAGGAGGGCAGCGGUGGGGGCAGCAGUGAAAGGCAGUCCAAGAAGUUUGGGUUGAAGCUGUUCCGCUUGAGCUUGAAGAAGGACAAGACCAAACAGCUGGCUACCUUUUCAGCACAGUUCCCUCCAGAGGAGUGGCCAUUGAGGGACGAGGACACACCGUCUGCUGCAGCGAUCCCUCGUGAGGUGGAGAUGGAGAUCAUCCGCCGCAUCAACCCAGACCUGACGGUGGAGAACGUGGCCCGUCACACAGCUGUCAUGAAGCGGCUGGAAGAAGAACGAGCUCAGCGCUGCAAGGCCAGCUCCUCUGCACAGCACAGCGCCCGCAGUCGCCGAAGCCGAGGCCACCGGCGCAUGCCACACGGGAAGUCGCGUUCGCACAGCAAGACGCGGGCUUCUCGGGGAGACCCCUCUGAGGGCUCCAAUCUGGACCUGCCAGCAGUCAGCCUUGAGAGGGACUACCGUUUUUUCAGUCACUCUCUGGUACGCUCGCCAAGAGAGGGAAUGUACACAGUGGAACGCAGAAGCGGUGGUGCCUACCUUGUCCACAGCAACCCCAACAUUGCUGAGUCACACUUUCCUGUCACCCCAGAGUGGGAUGUUUCAGGGGAGCUUGCAAAGAGGCGGACAGAGAUGCCUUUCCCUGAGCCUUCACGUGGAACAUCACAUUCUAGAGUGCACCGGAGCCACAGCCACACUCAGGACCGCAAGUCACGCAAUGAGCGGCCCGACAAGGCAAAAGAGCGAUCGCGUUCUAUGGACAACUCCAAGGGCCCGCUGGGAGGUGGGAGCUCCACACUUGGCACGGUUGAGGAUUAUGACCGCAGUCCUGACGACAGAAGCCGCUACUAUACUGAUGACGGGACGCUGAGGGCCUCCUCUCAGAAGGCCCCGCACUACUCAUGCAUCAUGUUUUCUGCUGCCAAGUUCAGCUCUGAAAUGUCUGUACCUGAUAUGGGCAAAUUGAGUCUAGAUGACUCAAGGCUCUGCAGCCCUCUAGAACGCAACAAGAGCAGGGACAGCCUCCCAGCCUACAGUGACCUGAAGGCCCUGUCGCCGAAGCCUUUGGCUGAUGACUACUUCCAGUGCAAUACAUCGAAUGAAACAAUCCUUACUGCCCCGCUGCCUCUGGGCAAAUCUGACCAUGACACUUUAACCCCAUCUGACGGAAUCCGCAAGGGCUCUCCAGCUGACCGGCAGACACCGCACCUCACCUCUCCUCACCCCUUGGAGUACAAAGAGGACUCAUCCACCAAGGGGCACAAUGGUUCUGGCAAACCCACACCGAGCCAGACACCUGAGCCUAUGCCCAAUGGACGUUUGAUACAGCACCAACACAACACUGACCCAGGGGGCGGGGGAGGUGGCGGUAGCACUGGUGGCGGGGUGGACAAGAGGAAAGAGAUUUUUAGUAAGGACACUUUGUUCAAACCGCCACACAAUGUUUUGACUAUGAGCUAUGUGGACAGUAGCUACUCAAAGUCAGGCACUUUGCGUAAGACUCCGCACAUGAAAUCAUCCGAGGUCCUUGACACUCUGGAGACCCAACAGCCACCUAACUCCACCUCUUUGUCUGCUUCUGCCCCGGCACCUACAGGCACAGAACCGUGUGCUCCCUCCACAUCUGAAGCUGCUUUUGACUAUUACAACGUGUCAGAUGAUGACGAUGAGGAGGAGGCAGAGGAGGCCUCCCAUAAAGAGGCUGCCCCGACAGAAGCAAAGGGGCGGGCAGGGGCUGGAGACGGUGGUGGAGGCGGCGGGACCAUGCAGUGGUUGCUGGAACGGGAGAAAGAGUGUGAUUUACAGCGGAAGUUUGAGAACAACUUGACUCUGCUUACCCCUAAAGAGAGCGAGAAUAAUAACAGCCAGAAGUCGGCUCACUCGGCCCGGCUGGACAGCAUGGACAGCAGUAGUGUGACUGUAGACAGUGGGUUUAACUCCCCUCGCACACGGGAAAGCCUGGCGUCCAACACCUCGAGUAUUGUGGAGAGUAAUCGGCGACAAAAUCUGGCUUUAAGUCCAGGGCACAUGGGUACCACCAGCAUCGGCCCCCCAUUCAGCUUCCGUGCAAUCCCAGAGCCCCCUACCACGCAACCUGAGAAACUGCAGAAAUCCCCCAACUGCCUUGCCUCCAUCACCAGCGUCUGACAUGGGCCCAUCUGGGUUGACGUAGGGUCAGGGUGACCUGCAAUGUUGGGGUGCCUAAGUGCAGGAGGUUGGGUGAAUCCCUCCAUCAAGCACCUCGACUACAUGGGGACUGUUAAACCCACAGGCAUGGCUUCCAGAGACUGUUCCCACAGCAUAAAUGGUCACUGCAAAAAAAAAAAAAAAAAAAGAACAAAAAAGGGGAAAAACAUGGAAAAGGACAUUUCUCAUCAUAGGAUUUACCUUAACAAGCAAUUAAUCAGGAAAUUCUCCAGUCGGAAUCAACCGUUAUUUUCAAAAUAGGCUUGAAGUAACUGGUAAUUUAACAAUGUUUUGUUUUCAAGAGUAUUUUUGUCAAUCACAGAUUAGAGAUCAUCCAGCCAAUGGAUUAAGUAUGCACGCAUUUAGAAAUAGAUGCUGAUGUGCAGGUCAAAGGUCUUACAGAUUUGUGAUAUUGGUAUGCAGUACAAGUUAAAAAAUGAGGCAUAAAAGCUCUAAUCUGACAACAUUUAAUUCAUGGUUCAUAAAGUUGUAUAAUAUUCCUAAAAAUAAAUACAUUCUUCAUGACACUGUUAGCUACAUUGGUGACACAAUAAGAAUCAUAUUCACAUGCUUAAUAAAACAAUGCAUAGAUUGAAUUAGUGGAAAGAAUGAUCUCGUCUGAAAUUUAUUUUUUAUUUUUUUUAAAAAGGACUACUGAUUUUUUUUUUUUACUACCCAAACUUAUUGUGCAUACAAUUGCUUUGUAUGCACCUUUACACUACAUAAUGGAUUUACCUGUUUCAUUAAAGUUCAUAUUUAAUCUCAGGUCAUGAAUAGUUAACUCUCCUAAGAAGAGGUAAAAACAUCAGUCUGUAAUCAUGUUUCUGUGGAUCGUUUCACUAAUCUUUGUUUCUUAAGGGAAUAAAACACUCUCUGUAGACAAAAAAUAUAAAGGAUUUCAAUUCCAUUUUUGUCUCAGUUUAAUUCAGAUGUAGAUUAUUUUUAUUGUUAUUCCCUUUUGAAAUAAAAAACAAAAACAGGUGUAUGUUUUACGCCGGUGUGAAUUUGAUACCUAGUCUCAUGAACCAGGACAUUGUGGAUGUCAUUGUUGAUUUGGAAACAUGCUUGUCUUCUGUGUAGCUUGAUGGCUUUAUUUGUUGUCAUGAAAGAAGGAGGAUGUUGGAGAAAUCGCAAUGGCGGGAACACGGGUGUUGUGUCCAAAACACUCCAAGGAAAGGUCAUACAGUUCUCUUCCUUUGGGCCAGCGGGAUUCAGAGACUAGGCCCUUUUGCUGCUCUGAUAAAACCUUUAUUUUUUAAGAUGUUCUUACUUGAUUUCAACCCAGACCACUUUUGUGUUUUAUUUUCGACCUUUUUUUGUCCGUUUUGUUGUUUUCCUUGCGAAUUGAGCUGUUGCUCAAAUCAUGUCCCUGACCUCAAUGGAAAAUACGGUCGACAGAUGAUAUGACUAAAAAUUCUGCCCCAGCAAACACAUGAUAUGUAUAUUAACAAUCUUCUCAUAGUUUUCAUGAUUUCAAUAAAUGCUUCUUAUAGGUUGAGACAACUCGUUGAAUGCAAGUAUGUACAAAUUAUUUGCACUGCUAUUUAUCAUUCCUUUCAAAUGUCAGAGCUGAAUAGAUAACAUCAGGUUUUGACCAGUCUCAGAUCUUUGAGCAAAGGCUCAUUUCAAAGAUUCAGUUAAACAUUUGGACUAUGGCUUUAACUGUUUGGUGUGCCAUCUCCAGAAUGCACCAGAAUUAAUGGCCGUGUCCCUUCUGGCAGUGACUGGGUGAGAUUUGGGAAAGAGAGCAGAGCUCAUGUCGCAUCCAUUGGUGCUCUUAUGUGAUGAUCCUAGCUUUUCAUCUUUUAUUUCAUACCCUUCACAGUUUUGUUGCUUUGUGAUGAGUGUUGAGGUGGAUAUCCUCCAGUGGGACUUAUUGUGUUUGAAUCACUUCCAGCUCACUCCCUCUUUCACUCGACUAUAAUCCACACAUACACACUCCUACAAUCAGCCAUGCAAACUCCCCUAAACCCCACAUACAUGCACAUAACUAUAGCUACCUCCACCACCUGUGUAACAACAAGGUAGGGACGUGUACAGAUUUGGAUUCUUUGCCUGUGGAACACAGCGCUAUCAGCCUCUUCUCUGUGAAUGUUGACAAGGAGCGGGCGGACAUUGUAACUCGGAGGACUUACUCUAAAGUAACCAGUAUUAAGUGCUGUAGUUUCAACUCCAUUUUUCUCAGUUUUUGACAGAAGUGUCUUUUACUUAUUUGCAAGUUGUGUAUAAAUCUGUCUGGCACCACAUCAACAGAACAUUUCCCAUUUUAUGUUUUCCCUCCAGUUUGUUUUUUAGUUCUCUGCUGUUCCCUUCACAGGGAAUAUUUGUUUAUCUGCUUCAUUAUUUCAAGCCUAGUGAGUAACCAUACCUCUAGUUUAUUAAAAAUGCAUCUAGAUGCAAAUCAAAGGACUACAUUCUAUAUUAUAAUUAAGCACCUCAAAAGAUAUUUUAGGAGUUCAGCCUAAAUCAAAAACAGUUUACUUGCCUUCUGCUUUUUUGGCAAUACUGAUUACAAUAGUAUUGUUUUCAGUUUCCCACCUUAUAUUUAAGAGGUCAGUGAUUAGGGUCCAAACAGCCUCUUAGACCCUGUAGUUGGAGGUGGGAUGAAGAUUGUAGAAAGAUACGAGACUCGUAUAUUAAAUGGUAAUUUUAUAUCAUUGCUACACAUCAGAUGUACAUCAGAGAGCAACAUUAGACAGAGCAGGCACCUCAUAAUGUCUGCUCUAUAAAUAGAUACUUUCUCAAAUCAUUGCAACAGAGCUUUACUUAAAACAAUGGUUUAGGCCAAGAAGUAUUUCAGUUCAGUGAUGACUACACUUUUGAUUUUUUUUUUUUUUUGGGGACAUUAAUACAAACUCAUGGCCUCCUUUAAAGGCUCUGUCAGAGGAUGCAUUUUGGAUAUCUUUCACAUUUUUGAAAUGUAGUUUUAAUUUGAAUCCCCUCCAUCUGGUAAUCAUUUAUUUUUUUUCCGUUCGUUUUUGAUCGAUAAAAGGGAGUAAUGCAGCCAAGACUGCCUUGUAAAAAAACAUGUUUGCACUGAAAUGCCUGGCCUCUGGUUGCUGUUAAGUCCAUCCAAGACGGAUGCUUUGUUUAUAUUGUAAAAUAUUUCAUAUGAAAUAAAAAUGACCAUGAAAUGUCUUCCCUUAACAUUAUGGAUUUUAGAACCACGUCAGACAACAUUGUUUCUAAAUGGUGACAGUGUACAGUAUCAUACUGUAAAUGAAAUCAAUCUGCCAUGCUUAGUAUAACUUCAAAACAAAACUGAAAGAUAUGAGGGAUCUUUUUGUAAUGUCUAUAAUAUUUGAAAAGAAGUCCCUAUUUGUGUAGUAAUGGUGUUUCAUCGUUGUGGUAGUGUAUGUGAUAAACCCAGUUGGGAGAUUGUGUUACUUUUUCAGACAAUAAAAUAACAUGUUUGGUUA